AUGCUGUGAACAAAUCCGCCAGUCAAGCAGAGAUCUGAGAUUGUUGCUUGUUCCCAGCUUUGCGCAGCUAUGGAUUGACAGACGGAAGUGCUGGUCUUGUGGGACACUUCUUUUCUUGCAGGAGACAAUACUUCUCACCAGCUCGGACGCUCGUUCCUACGGUCGAGUAUAAGAUCGUGAAGCGAAUUCAAGUGGCAAGACAAGAAGCACACUCUCACCAUCUCAGUCUACGACCCGACGCUCGCAGCGAUGUUCAAGGCCGCCCUCGCCCUCGCUCUUUUCCCUUUGGCUCUCGCCUCCCCGCAGCUCUACGGGCCACCUCCAGGCCCUGCCACCCCCACCACCUCCUCGGUAUCCAGCGCCGCAUCAUCUGCGGCGGCGAACUCGAAUGAGAUUAUUGUCCAAGUCGGCGCGAACGGUGGCAUCAGCUACACACCUUCGGAUAUCCAGGCUCCGGUUGGCACCCUUGUCACCUUCAGCUUCCAGGCGUCAAUCCAGCAUUCUGUCACCCAGAUGUCGUUUGCUGACCCAUGCACGCCUAUGUCGGGUGGCUUCGACUCUGGCUUAACCAUGGAUACCACCUUCUCUGUCAAUGUUACUGAUGCUAGCACCCCCGUUUACUUCGCCUGUAAGUUCCCGACACAUUGUGGUCUUGGUAUGGCUGGCACCAUCAACGCGCCAUCAAGUGGCAACGGCUCCAACUCUGCCUUUUUGGCUGCUGCUUCUGCCAUCGGCGCCAGCGAGCAGACCAUUACCGACAACGGCCCCCAGACUGGCGGUGUCGGCGCGGUCGCGACUGCUGGCCCCACAAGUGGCACUCCCUCCGUCGCGGGCUCUUCCCCCACCAGUGGCUCUUCCUCGACAGGAUCUUCCUCAGGUGCUUCGUCACUGGCUUUCAGCAGCGUCUUGGCAGUACUUGGUGUUGUUGCUGGCGUCUUCGCCGUUGCCCUCUAGACAUUUCCAGGGCGCAGCCUGCACAUCCCCGCACGUCAGGGCGUAGACGGAUUCCUACCAUCGCUUCGAAGUCUCAUGUAGAUUUUUUUACUCGGACAUAAUCAUGCUUGUCUAUACCCGUCGAGUGAAACCGUUCGUGAUUC